UUGAGAAUUUUAAAUGAUUCUGUAGAAAUUUGCCGUGAUCAAACAUUGGAAAUUAUGAAACAAUUUAUAGUUAAUUUAACACCGAAUGAUAGAUAUAUUAUGUACUUACUUCCAACUUUAUCCAAAAGAUUAGGUUCUUUUGAACAAAUAGAAACUUCAGAAGAAGUUCGAUUGAAGUGUGUUACAUUAUUAAAAAUAAUAAUAUUAAAAUACAAAAAUUUAUUGAUUUCAUACAUUGAUGAUUUAACAAAAAUUUUAACACAUACUGUAGCAGACAAUUAUCCACUUGUUAAACGAGAAAGUUGUGAUUGUAUAUCAGAGUUUGCAAACAAUUUGCCAAAUUACUUUUACUCACAAGCACAAAACUUAGUAAAACCAAUUUUAAAUAAUUUUACACACCAACAUUAUAGAGUUAGAAUUGCUUCCAUUAGAACAAUAGGGGAUGUGAUUCAAUAUGGAAAUAGUAAAUCUGUAGAAGAGGUGGCUACACCUUUAGCAGAAAAAUUAUUUGAUCAACAUGGACUUGUUAGAGCAGCUACUAUAGAAAUAGCAGGUUGUUGGCUUUUGAAACUAAGAGAUCGAUACAGUUGGUGGCACAAGAUUCUUCCACUGCUUUUAACAGGUCUUCAUGAUGAAUUAGAGAAUAUUAGGCAAAAAGCUGCAGACUUUUGGAAUGCUAUAGGACAACAAUAUAUAGCAGAAAAUCAAGAUAAUGAAAAAUUGAAAAAUACAGUGGAUUUUCUUACCAAAGAUCGUGACCAUUAUCCUAAUGUUAUCAGACCAAAUUUAGGUUGUCGUGUAAUAGCACAACAAUCCUUCAGUAAAUUGAUAAAUGGGAUCAGUUUGGAAUUAGGAGACUGGAUUGUAGACAUAAGGAUACGAACUGCACAAUUACUUUGUGUGUUUAUUUUACACAUAGAAGAAGAUGUAAUACAGCAUAUUGGAAAACUCCUUCCUCCUAUGUAUAAAGCCUGCAAUGAUGAAGAUAACAGAGUUGUAGAAAAUAUAGAAAAAGCAGCAGAAUAUUUAGGGUAUUUUGUGCCUCCACAAACCUACUGUCGUUUAAUAAUACCUACUCUUGAAGAGACUCCAUCUACAGGUCACUUGAAAGUAUUUUCUGCAAUUUUAAAAGGUAGCGAGCGUUGUAAGCUUCUUCCUUUAUUAGAAGAUAUUGGAAAAUUUAUACAACAACCACAUAUCUGUCAAAGUAAAAAGAGGAUAUACCAGAAACAAAUACUUUCUUGUUGUUCUUCUUUAAUUUCAACGUGCAAAGAGGAUUGUAAACUUAUAUCAAAGGAAUUGUUUCUAACAAUAUUCACUGUUCAAUCCAUGGCACAAGAAAAUUUGAUAAAAUUAAAAGCACAAGAAUUAUUAAAUAUUCUUGCUGAUAUUAAUUUGUUCAAUAAUAUUGAACAAUUCUAUCAUGAAAACAUCAGCACAUUAUUUUCAUUACUUUCUGAUUAUAAAUCAUGGUCUAUUCACAGCCCAGAAUGUCAAAUUUUUUGUGCAUGUUUAAUUUAUAUUAGACAUAUUUUGGCUUAUAAUAUGGAUACUAUUUUGCCAAUUUUAAAAGAAACUAUGACAAAUGAUACUGAUCCUGAAGUGAGAUUAAAAUAUUUUAUUUUAUUAUCAGAAUAUUUCUGUCAGGGGUCUUUGAAUGAAAUUAUAGACCUAAAAUUUUCAAAUCAAUUUUUGGAAAAUUGCAUACUUCCUGGAUUAAUUUGGAGAGCAGGACGGAGUGCUGAAGCUAUACGUACUGCUACAAUAUCUUGUCUAUGUAUUUUUUUAGAUAAAUAUGAAAAAGUCCUGAAUAUAGAGAAAACUCUAUAUCUUGGUGAACAAAAUAUUUCUUUAGUACUUGAUAAAAUAAUUCCUGUUUUAAUCAGCCUUGCAGAUGAUAAUUCAAAGAAAUGUAGAUUCUAUUCUUUGCGAGCAAUAUAUCUAAUAAUGUAUAUUAAGAAAAAAUUGGAUCAUCUCACAGAUGAAUAUAUACAUAAAAUAUAUCCCAUACUUUUGAAAAGACUAGAUGAUGGAUGUGACGAUGUUAGAAUAAUAUCAUUAGAAGCUUUAACCGAAGUGUGGAAUGCAAUACCUGAGAAUUAUGACAUAUACUUUAAUAAAGGACAUAUAGAUUCUUUAUAUACUACAACUAUAAUAUAUUUGGAUGAUCCAGAAGUUGAAUUUCAAAAUAUUGUAUUAGGUAGCUUGAAAGUAUUAGCAAAAAUACAUCCACAACUAUUAUAUGAGAAACUUCAAAAGUGUAAGACAAAUUUUAGAAACCAAAACAGUAUAGACAUAUUAAUAGAAUCCUGUCAACAUAUUUUAAGGAAUAAUGCAAAUUGA